UCCCCGCCUCGCUGCCUCCCACCCCGCCCUGAGCCGUCCCACAGACGGACGCGCGGCAUCCCUGCGCGGACACGGCGCGCGUCUUCCAGAGGAGCUGCUCCUCCUGUUCUCCUCCUCUUCUCCUCCUCCUGUUCUCCUCCCGGCGGCGCAGGGCCGGAGCGGGAUCCCUCUGACGGUUCGGACACCUGUCAGGUUCUGGGCGCGCGCGGAAAGCUCUGGAGCGCGCGCACGUGGCUCAGCUCGGAACUUCACCUGCGGAGGGAUGUAACUGCGCGCGUGCAGACUUGCGCUGGGAGGACUCACGUGCACGCGCUGCUGUCGUGGUUGUGUGACCUUUUCAGUCUUCCUCUGUGACCUUCAUCAUCGUUCUUCUGUGACCAAAGAGGCUUUCUGCGCGUGCGCGACCACAGGUGCUUCCAGGUGCCCUCGGGGACCCCCCUCCCCCUCAAACAGCUGGAUCAACAGUCAGGCCACGCCCAGCAGCGCCCCUCCCGGAUUCAGAGCUGGUUGUGCGAGUUUCUCGGUGCGUGUGCGCGCGUCUGACGCUAACGUGGCCGCUGCUGUCAGGAUGUGUGCGGCACGUGACCCGCUGCUGCUGCUGCUGCCUCUGACCCUCCUGGCUCUUCAAGCGCCCGUGUGCGGCGGCGCCUGCGUGGAGGUGGACUCGGACACGGAGGCCGUGCUGGGGGAGGGCUUCCAACUGGGCUGCAUCUCCUGCAAGAUGAGGGGGGAGGUGAAGGCCGAGGCCAGCGUGGAGUGGUGCUUCUGGUCUCCGGACAAGGGCGAGGCGGAGGAGAACUGCACCCUUAUCUACAGAUACGAGGACAUCAGGGAGGACAUCCUGGACCCGCGGUUCGACGGCCGGCUGGCCUGGAACGGCAGCAAGAACACCAAAGACCUGCAGGACGGCUCCAUCUUCAUCCUGAACGUGACCGACGAGGACAAGGGGAUGUACAAGUGCAUCUUCAGGCGAAGGCUCAUCUACGAAAAAUACGAGUUCAACACCAACACCACCAAGAGAAUCCAGCUGGAGGUGGUGGAUCGGCUCACCAGAGGAAUGGCGUCCAUCCUGUCCGAGGUGAUGAUGUACGCCUCCAUCGUGGGGCUGCAGUUCUGGCUGCUGGUGGAGAUGAUCUACUGCUACAGGAAGAUCGCGGCGGCCGGAGAGGAAGCUCUGCGGGAGAGCGAGGCCGAGUAUUUAGCCAUCGCCUCAGAGAGCAAAGACAACUGCGCCGCCGUUCCGGUGGCAGAAUAGCGGCGGUGAGGAAACCGAGUCCCGGAGCUUCCUGAAGAACGUCUUCCAGCCCCCCCCUUCAGGAGGAAGCUGCUCCAGAAAUUCAGUCUGAGCUCGAUGAACCAUGAUGUUCGUAUGCAUGCUGACGACCUUUGACCCGACCCGCCUCCCUCCUCGCUGAAGCUACUGCAGGAACGUAUGAGCUCCAGGUUUGGCUAAAGAGCAUGAAGACGGUCUGAAACUGAAGGUGUUGCUGAGCACGCGUGAGCGGCUCUCCUCUGCAUCUAUACCACCGCUUGCUGCCCGCAUGGCGUCACGACCCCACGACCCCACGGCGGCAGAGCCGAAACCGCACCCACGUCCACCUUUAAGACUCAGGAACUUUGAAGAGAACACGAGAAGAAGACAAUCUAGACUCGUGGCGUACGAAGACAAAAAGAUGAAAUCCUCAGAAUGUCUGCAGAAUUCCUCUCUGCACGCUUCAUCACAUCUUUGGAGGACAACCAGAGCUUCAACUCUUUUAAGUCCAUCCAUGGAAUCCAUUUCAGGGUCUCAGAGUUGCUGGAGCCUAUCCCAUCUACUGUUGGGUGAAGGUGGAUCAGUCCAUCACAGGAUCCUUCCCUCUAACCUGGACGAAGAGGACGAGUCUUUCAGUCUGAGAAGACCUUCAUCAUCAGAAGUUCUUCUCCUCAGAUCUCGACUCUUCUUUAAAAUUCUUCUCUGAACUUUUCCCCGUUUGUCGAUUCCUCAUCAGAUGUUCCUUCAGAUUUCAGAAUCAGUAAAAACCAGACCGAUCUUCUGUUUGGAGAUGCUUUCAUUAUAUUUGUUCUUAAUCACACAUAAACGGGCAGAUGUUUGUGCAGAGACGAGCCUGAUCCUGAAGUUUACUCUGCUGCAGUCACAGCUGAAGUUCAGCCACAGCGACACCCGGUGGCAGCAAUGGAAACGACACCUGGCGAGUUUCCUUACAGGGAAACCAAACCAAACGGUUUUCUCUAUGAACGAGGCUUCAGCGAGCUCUCCGUUAGUCACAUUGUUGACAAAUUCAAAUAAACUUGUUUCAUUCUUCAAAAUACAGUCAAAUCCCGCCUGUGUGCUGCCCCCUAAAGGUUGAAUCAAGUAUUACAGUUGAAUUUGUUGAUCGGUCAAACCAUGUCAGUUUCUGACGUCAUGAGCUGCAGCUCCAGUUAUGAUGACAGUCCAGCCCCCCAGCCCCACCCCUCUGACGGGAUUUUCACAUUUGGGCUGUGGGCGGAGUCAGCCUCCAAUGACCCUGUUUGGUUUCCCUUUAAGUCCUGCAGAAAUGAACCGUUGUCAUGGGGAAAGAGGCUCCUCCUCCUCGCAAACAUCUUCCUUAUUCUGACAUCACCUUUGACCUCGGGGAGGUUCUGCCGCCCUGGUCUGAACCUCCAAACCCAGAGGGUCGGGUUAGUCCAGCCCGACCCGUCUGACAGAACCGGACCCGGUCUUCAGAAUGCGGCAGCAGCGAACAGACGCUGCAGUUUCUCUUCAAACGCUGCCUGACAAUAAAACCAACUGUUUAUCUGGAA